GGCCGGGCAGAGCUGCCCGCCGCGGCGGAAGGAGGCCGCGGCCUCGCUGCCGGCGCUGCCUCUGCGCGGUGAGGCGCAGCCCCCGAGGCUCCGCACGCACCUGCCGUCCCGUCCCGCCCCCGUCCCUGCCGCUCCGAGGAGCCCGGGGACAACAGGCACCUGCCGGCCCUGCCGCCGGCACUCCCGCACUUCCGCUGCCACCCCCGGGCGGGACGAUCCCCGCGGCGUCGGCGUCGGGCGCCGUUUCUCGGAGGACAGGGCAUGGCGGUCCGCUGAGAUGAAAGUGACCGUGUGCUUCGGGCGGACCGGGAUCGUGGUGCCCUGCAAGGACGGGCAGCUCCGCGUGCGGGACCUGACCCAGCAGGCCCUGCAACGGUACCGCAAGGCCCAGGAGAAGGAUCCAGCUUCCUGGGUAAAUAUUCACCACCUGGAGUACACAGAUGGAGGAAUCCUGGACCCAGAUGAUGUGCUGGCAGAUGUUGUGGAAGACAAAGAUAAGCUGAUUGCUGUUUAUGAUGAGCAAGAAACUCACCAUAAGACUGAUGGCACCAGUGCUGAUUUGACAGACAGAAAUAGCCCAGACUCUUUUGAAUCAGAAGUAGCAGCUCAGCUUGCUGCUUUUCAGCCAAUUGGUGGUGAGAUUGAAGUGACUCCUUCUGCCCUUAAAUUAGGCACACCUCUUCUAGUACGAAGGAGUAGUGAUCCAGCUUUGGGCCCACCACCUGACUUUCACCCAAGUGCUUCUCAUCCCAGUGACUACAGUCUCAAGAAUUUUGUGGCAGGUGUUUCCCAGGUAUCCUUUCAGGAUGGGGAGAGGAAUGUCACCGGACCCACAGAACUGCAGUUGGCUCAGAGGGCCCAGCUCCCUGUCAGUGAAAUGACAAAAACAGUGAAGAUUUCUGGGGAAGGUGGACCCUUGGGAAUACACGUAGUGCCCUUUUUUUCCUCCUUGAGUGGAAGAAUGCUGGGACUCUUCAUCCGUGGAAUUGAAGAAAACAGCAGAUCUAGACGUGAGGGGCUUUUCCAUGAAAGUGAAUGCAUUGUGAAAAUUAACCAUGUGGACCUUACAGAUAAAACCUUUGCACAGGCUCAAGACAUCUUCCGUCAGGCAAUGAAAUUUCAAAGUGUUGUGUUGGAAGUCCUUCCUCCAUAUAAUCAAGAACUGUAUGAGAAGUCUGCUAUUGCUCCUCUUUCUUUUCCGGAUAAUGAAGAAGCUCCAAAAGCAAAGAUUCCACCUCCUGUUCAUCCAAAACCUGCUCUAAAAACAAUUCAUCUUUCUGGAGCAAGCAGCUUAGAUGCAGAUGUACAGGCAACACAACAAAAAGUGAAGAGCCCCAACCUCCCACGUCUGGGUAGAAAGUUGUCUUCUCCCUCACUGUCUCCCCUUAUGGGCUUUGGCAAUAAAAAAAAUGCAAAGAAAAUAAAGAUUGACCUGAAAAAAGGUCAAGAAGGACUUGGUUUCACUGUGGUUACCAGAGACUCUCCAGUACAUGGUCCCGGCCCGAUUUUUGUGAAGAAUAUUUUGCCAAAAGGUGCUGCAGUAAAAGAUGGUCGUUUGCAGUCAGGGGACAGAAUCCUGGAGGUGAAUGGACGAGACAUCAGUGGCAGGACCCAGGAAGAGCUUGUAGCUAUGCUGAGGAGCACAAAGCAAGGGGAAACUGUCUGUCUGAUUGUGGCUCGUCAGGAGGAGGCCUUUCUACCUCGAGAGCUGAAGGGAGAGCCAAACUGCAGUAUUCUUUCUCCAGAAACCACAGAGCAGCUGACCUUUGAGAUUCCUCUGAAUGAUUCUGGCUCUGCUGGACUUGGUGUGAGCUUAAAAGGCAACAAAUCUCGUGAGACUGGAGCUGAUCUUGGGAUUUUCAUCAAAUCCAUUAUUCAUGGAGGUGCUGCUUUUAAGGAUGGUCGUUUGCGAGUAAAUGAUCAGCUUGUUGCAGUAAAUGGGGAGUCUCUCCUGGGCAAGUCCAAUCAUGAGGCCAUGGAAACCCUGAGGCGCUCCAUGUCCAUGAAGGGGAACAUCCGGGGGAGGAUCCAGCUGGUAGUUCUCCGGAGACUGGAAGUGCCAACAGAGGAACACUCAGACCAGGGAGUCUUUCAAAAAUCAGGCUUUGAUGGGAGCCAUACCUUGGCAGCUGAUUCCCGGCACAAUGGAACCACUCUUCAGCAGUUUGUAACAAGGAGUCCUCAGGAAAGAACAAAAGAAUUUCCAGUGUCUGAUCAUGGCAAUGGUGAAAAUGAAACCCCUCCACCUCUCCCACGACAUCCCAGUGAGGAUUUUCUGAAUGAGGAUUAUAAUCAUAGCCACAUCAUAAAUUCAGCACUGUAUUUAUCAGAUCAGCACAUCAACUUCGGAUCUUUGACAUCAGCCAAUUCUGAAUCAAUUAAUCUGAAAGCCUCAAAAAGCAUGGAUCUGGUGGCAGCUGAAAGCAAAGUUGGUUUGUUGGCCAGACACAAAUCGGACUCUCCUGGCAAAGAUUUUGGUCCUACUCUGGGACUGAAGAAGUCCAGUUCUCUUGAGAGUCUUCAGACUGCUGUGGCUGAAGUUAGGAAGAAUGAACUCCCUUUUCACAGAUCCAGGCCUCACGUGGUCCGGGUUCGUGGGUGUAAUGAGAGUUUCCGAGCUGCCAUUGACAAGUCUUAUGAUGGACCUGAAGAUGGAGAAGAAGAUGGUUUCUCUGAGAAGAGCUCUCACUCUGGUCAAGAAGCUUGGAAAAUGGAAUCUGCCCCUCCAGGAAACCCUGAAGUAGAAGAUGCAGAAACAAGUGCAAAAAAAGACAAAAAAAAUAAAGAGAAAGAGAAGAAACAGGAAAAGGGCAAAUCUAAAAUCAAAGAGAAUAAAAGGAAGGAAGAAAAUGAAGAUCCAGAAAAGAAAAAGAAGAAAGGUUUUGGUGUCAUCUUGAGAUUUGGAAAGAAAAAAGAAGAUAAAAAGGGGAAAACGGAUCAGAAGGGGAGUCCAAAGCAAGGCAUACUGAAAGAGGAGAAGCUGGAGAAAAUGAAAGAUGAACGUGAAAGGAUUGAUGUAAAGCAUCAGGAGCUAAGGCAAAAGCAACUGAGAGCCCUGAAUGAUUGUUCUAUUGUUCCUGGAGGACCUGAUAUUGAUGAUGAUGAUGAGGUGGACCCAAAUUAUGCCAGAGUCAACCAUUUCCGAGAGGCUUAUCCAGCAGCAAACCUCUACACCCCAUCAUUGCCAGCAGAAACCUUUGUGUAUCCACGUGAUUCUCCUUCAGGACUAAUGGAGAGGGAGCACUUGGAAGGACUGUAUGCAAAAAUAAACAAGCAGCAACACCAGCAGUCUCCUGCUGACAGUGGCUGCACAGGUGCCAGGAAUGCUGAUCGGAUCCAGAAGUUACGGAAGGAGUAUCAUCAGGCCAGGAGAGAGGGCUUACCUGUCUAUGAGGAUGAUGAAGGAAGAACACAGCCAUCUGACUAUGAGCAGCAUUGGGUGCCUGGAAAAGGUCCAGAUGGGAGCUCAUACAAUCUCUACUUCGAGGGAAUGGAAAGGCAGUAUGCAUCCUUACCCAGGCGUGGACCUGCAGAACCACUGCAAUAUUUAACAGGGCCACGAGUGGUAUACAAAGAAAGAGAUCUUCCCUGCUACCAAGGAGGACAGCCUCUUGUCCACUCAUCUAAGGGGAACUACAAGCAUGCACUGGACACAAGAGUGGCAGAAUUGAGAUACCCCCAGUACUACCCAGCCCAGCCCAUCACAAACCAGCAUAAAGGACCUCUCCGGCAGGACAUCCCACCCUCCCCUCCUCAGUCCCGCCGAGCACCGGAUUAUCAUGAAGUUGUCCAACAUCGUGGGACCAGUCCAGACCAGUACAAGUACAGGCAACAGGAUCCCAGGCAGAAGAACCCCAUGACUGCAGCUGUAUAGCCACACACUGGACUUGGCAGCACAGCCCCAUAGGAAUCCUGUUGGACAUCAUCCUGGUAGAGUUACUCCCAAGCGUGGCUGCCUGUAAGAAUGGCACAGGAGACCUGGAGUAAUUCUUAUUGAGCUGGGCUCAGCGUAGGUGCUUUCUAACAAGUGAACUAAAACCACAUGAGAUACAGUAUAUUUUGAGUAUUUGAGGUACCAGACAGUUAAAUAUUUUUUAAUUCCUUUUAAAAAUAGAAACGGGCUGCUAGAAAUGAAGUGCAACACUUAAUACACCUCAGGGCUAUUUACUGAAUCCAGUUACACUUAUACAGUACUUAACUGUCUGUAUGAGGGCAGUGGUGUCAUCAGAGUUUACUUCAGAGUAAAGCUGUUGUAGAGCUUUUCAUUGAGAGCAUAGCAUGCAGAGUGAACUUUGUGCAAAACUGAGACCCUUGGGUGAUGCAAUUGUGAGUCAGCAAGGGACAUUCCAGGCUUCUUCAAACAAACUGUGUUUUAAGGUUGCUGCAGUUCCAGAUUUGUAAUCUGGCUUCUGUCUUCCUCCUUCUGUUUGGUAGUGGCAGCAUUUAUCUUGUAGCCUUGAUUUUUAUUUUUUUUUUUUUUUGCAGUUUGUGUAGCAAGGUACUCCUCUUCUUGUACCUGCUGCAAUUUCGAGUGAGGCAAGUACCUACCCACCGUGCUGGGGCAGGAUCAGAGAGGAGAAGGAGGCAGACAGCCACCUGAGAAACGUGUGUCUGCAGAUGUGCCUCUGUGUGCUUGUGCACAUUUCAUAGGAGUGUGCAGCCUUUAAUGUAAAUCCUGGAGACUGUCAGUAAGUGUCACUCUCGGGGUUCAGUGGAGCUGGCCUAUGAGAAGUGGCUGAGGAGGUGACCAUGGCCAUGGACUCCAUAACUCAGUGUAUUAAGUUACUGUAUCAGGUGGUGCCUUGGCAUCCUGGCCUCCUCUGGCCAGGGUUCAGCAGCAUGUCCUGCCCUGAGAGUCUCUGUCACCUGUCAGAGGGGGGCCCAUCCUCAGCCCCAGAGUGCAGCGUGGCCUCAGGAAGCACCAGGCUGGUGCCAUGUGCCAAACCACUCAGGUUCCUGCAGCCAGGGGCCACCAGACCAGUGGGGAAAAGGGAUUUUCAUAGUAAGGACUGAGGGAAAAGGCAAGGAAAGCAACAGGGAGGGCUUCCAAGACUCUGGAGCCCUGGAGGAAAAGGAGAGAAGAGCUAUUUGUAGCAGGUUAUUUUCAUUAUUUUCAGUGCCUAGAAAGAGAAAAGGUGUGGGUGAGGAGACAGAGGCAGCAGUGCAGCAAGAGCUGUGAGGGGACAGGGCACUGGGGUAGGUGCCAGCUCUUCACCCCACUCAUCCUGAGCUUGCUCAGUAGCCAGACAGCCUGGGAAGAGGUCAGAAAUACAUGUCGCCAGCCACAGGGACCUGUGUCCCCCAGGCAGACAGUGCUGUAGGUGCUCAGAGAUUUGUCUGAAGGAUUUUGUCACAUGAAAACCACACCAUCCUGCCACCUACAAAUGUAUUUUGUGAAGUUCCCAAGUGUCCUUAAUUCCUCAAUUUCUGUCUUUUGGGAGUGUUCCAACUGUUCAGGCUCAUCAGGGAGAGACUGUGACCUGGCCAAGGAUUAAACAUCUCAAUUGUGUCUUUUUUAUAUCUUUGAUAUGCAACAGAUUAAAUCACAUAGGUAACUUCCCAGGUAUUAAAUAUCACUGGCAAGGUUUUUCCUGUUAGGACUGUGUUACGUUACUAGAUAUUCCUGGAAAGGUUUAUUAGAGUAAGUGGUCUGUAAGGCACAGGACAGUGCUGCUUGCCAGGGGCCACCACUGGUAGGUUAAUGGCCCUGAUAAGAAGCUGCAUGUAAUCUCAGUCAAUGUUUCCUCUGUGCUAUAAAUGCUGGUGAGAGACUCACAUAACCCUGAGGCACAGGGAGCACUUGCAUCUGCCCAGCUGGCUCUGACAUUUGUGUUCACCCUGAUCUCUACCCAUGAGCUGGUCUGGGAAGGAGGAGAGAGGAGACAGCUUUGGGGUGGAGGGGGGUACAUCUCCAUGACUGAAAUACGGGGCUGGACUCCCUGGGGUGGGGGCAGGUGCAGCUCUAAAUCCAGUCAAGCGGAAGCAUUGGUGGGAGGGAGAGAGGAAGAAUGCAACCAAUUAUAAAGUAAGUGUGUUUGGGUCUUGUUCUGUUUCUUUCUGCCCCCUUCCCUAGUAAUGUAGGAGGGAAAAUCCUCUGGAGGGAGGGCUGGAUGUAAAGCUGGAUGUCUCUCAGUACACUCCAUAAAUAAGACACAUUCCCCAGGGAAACUCUGCCUGUCAUGUACGUGCUGUACGCAGCCUUGUACUUCUCUCCAAGAGUUUUAGAUGCUGUAGGAUACUCAGCCAGGACUUGGCAGCCGCAGGGAAGCCACUGGAGUUAUGAAGGCCCUCUGAAAGCAAAAACAAAUUAAAAUACUUUCCUUUCACUCCUUGAAAUGUAACUCUUGAUACAUUUGAUCCAGCUGUAAAGAAACUAAUAUGUUUGUGACAGUGGCUUUAUCAAGCCAGGCCACAAUUAAGAACAGCUCUGACUAUAAGCUGCUGCCUUUAUAAUUCUCUCAACUAAUCCUUCAAAUGGCAUCACAGCACAGCAAACAGAACUUAUUUACAGUAUUUCAAGAGCCAGGGCCAAGUAAAAUCUGCAUGGAAACAGCUUCUGGGUAAUUUAUAGCCUCUGAAGGACCUGCACAAUCAUCUCCCUGUAACCUGAAUCUCUCCUUAAGAGCUCCCCUUGACUGCAUCAGCUCCACUCAGCUGAGGUAGACAGAUCAAGCUAGCACUUUCUGAGCUGUUAUCUUGCCCAGCAGGUUGCAUCCUACAGGUGAGGAGUUAAGGAGGAAGAACAGACUGACCUGGCUGGGUAAACAAGACCAAAUAGUAUUACUGAACAUCUUGUCAGUCUCUGGUGUCAUUGUUCUGGGAGAAAAUUGCCAUUUGCUGGUUAAAUAUCUGGUAGAGGUAUGCUAUUUUCAAAAGUAUAAUGUGUAACUACAAGUAUAAUCAGCUUCUCUGCAGUGUAAAAUGUAUGAUUUUAGCACCAUAUUGUGGAAAAGUAUGUACCGUGCAAAAUUCAUGAGGUGCUACAACUGAUGGUUGAAAAUACACACUUGUAAAAUCCAAAAGAGCUGUUAAGUAACAAGUUGUUCUUUUCCCCAUAUGUCCAUAUGUUUGGGAAAAUUACGAGUCUGAAAUGUUCUUGACACGUAAUUUUCUUGCACUCCCUCAUCCCAAACGUGCCAGUCCAGCAGUGAAGUUCCUGAUGCAGCAGGGGUGAAGGGAGGGUUUGGGUUUGCCAUGGGAGCAUCCAGCCCCAAGUGUGCAUGUGAACAGGAGAUGGGAGAAGGGGGAGAGAAGCCUGCUCCUGCCUGAAGCUGGAAGCUUUGAUUUCCUGUGCUGGUGGUGUGCAGCCUACGUUUCUGGCUCUGGUGUGAAGCCAGCCAGGCCCAGCAGUUGAAAAAUUAAGAGACAGAAAAGGAGCCUGUGGAUUUUCUGAGUGACCACCCACUAGUGAGCCAUGAUCUCGAUCUACGAAAUGACAUUACCACUGUGAUACAUUAUGAUGCAGAAGUCUCCAGGCAUCUCUCAAAUGCAUAAAAUAUCAGUUGCCCUUUGUGGGGGAAAAAUAAAAGGAGAGAAUUCAGUAUUUUCUUUUGAAAAAAAAAAAAAAAAAAAAAGGCUUCUGCAUUGGAAAAGUGCAUACAGCCCUGAAUUCCAAUUCACUCCAGCUCCUUAAUCUAGAAAUAGCUUCACAUGCUGCCUAAUUUUUUUACAAAUGAAUUGUGCUACCUCCUCCUCCCUGCCAUCACAGAUUUGUUAUCAGUCAGUGCUGUGAAUCCUCUGCCAGGGCCACAUCCUGACACUCAGCUCUGAGCAGCAGCUGCUUUGCACUUCCAAAAGGCCCUACACCUGUGUUCACAUCACAGUUGUUUUGCAGUCUCUAAGCCUUAUGUGCAAAAUCAGAAGUGCUAUUCACUGUCUCUGCAUAGAAGAGGCUUUCUAAGACACUGUUCUGUUAUUGUGAGGGAGAGAGAAGUGUUUGGGAUCCUGACAAUACCCAUGUGUUCUAAGUGAAACCUUUUUAAAAUGUGCAUGAUUGUUUUGGGGAGAAAUUCAACACCCAAUUUGAGAGGGUUUUUUUUCUAGUACCACAUCAAAGAUUUUGAUCUUUUGUUACAUAUGGCUAUACAAAAUUCACCUGGUUUAUUUUGCAUUAAAAUAAAGGCUUUAAGACUAUGUA